CUCGGUGUAAUCACCAUUCAGACUUUUCUCUAUUACAAAAGGUUUUCCAAAGACCAUUUCUUUCAGAAGACCGUCAUCGGAUUCUUAUGGUGGGUGCUGGCCAAUUACGUUUGGAUGAUGGUUGGGCAACUGCGCACUCCACUUUCAGGCUCAUGCAGAUGUUUCAAGUGAUAGCUUCGCUUUACGUGUAUAUAUGGAUUAUCGAGCACUCUGGGAAGUUGACUAUAAGAUGGAUUGAUACUAUCUACCAGUUAUCCAUGGUUAUUUGUUCUGCCAUCGUCCAAUUUCUCUUCAUCCUAAGACUCUAUCGACUCAGUGGAUCGAUCUGGCUACCAACAUUGAUUGUUUUCCUGACUCUGGGGCAGUUUGGGACCGGUGUUGUGCUCUUUGUCAAGGCAAAUUUUACUCACGGUCCCCAAAGCAUACUCUUUUCCAAACGCCCACUCACUGUAUCGUGGCUAACACUAGAGGCAGUGGCUGAUCUCGUGAUUGGCUUCGCUAUGUCAUAUUUCCUCCAGAAGCGCCGCACAGGAUUUCGGCGAAUGGACACAGUGUUACGGAAGCUAACAGCAUAUGCCAUCAGUACUGGCCUGCUGACUGGCAUUCUGGCGCUGGGUGCCAUGUUUUCUGUUGCGUUCCACAGCCCCCAAUUUAUCCCCAUGAUUUUCAUCUUUGUGCUCGGAGGCGUCUAUACUACAUCCCUCUUAGCAAAUUUACAUUCGCGCUCGAGACUCUGGAGUGAGCUUCGUUUCGAGGGAGACAACGGAAUAUCAAUACAUUUGUCCCGGCUUCCUUCCAGGCACGUAGAAGGGCAUCAUUCGAACGAAGGCACAGAUCAAGCUCAGUGAGCAGAUUCAGGACCUUGGCAUUGCGAGCCGAAAUUUAGGCACGGCGACC